AUGUUUUCUUCAAACGAUAUCCGUGUAGUGGUUUCUAUAGAUUUUGGUAGCACUUAUUCGGGAUAUGCAUAUUCAAAUAAAACACAUCCACAAAUCAUUACAAAUUCUGCAUGGCCAGGUUUAAUUGGAAAAUUCAAGAUUAAUACAGUAUUGCAAUAUGAUGAAAAUUUUAAAAAUGUUAAAUAUUGGGGACACCAAGCUUUAUCAAAGAAACCAUCUGGCAACAACACAAUUGAUGAUAAUAGUGAUAGCAAAGAUGAAGAUCAAAUAGUUGAAUUAUUUAAAUUACAUUUAAGUGAAAAGAUACCAGUAGAAGAACAACCUAAAUUACCAGAUGGAUUAGAUUCCACUAAAGCAAUCACUGAUUAUCUUCAUAUCAUUGGUAGCAUGCAAAACAAACAAUUGAAACUCGUUGGCCUGUGUGCUUAUGAUGCAAAAUUAACAAACAUUAAAAGUUCUUCGCAUUUACAAAUUAUCACUGAACUACCCUCUGAGCCAGCAUGUGCCAUUGUGAGAGGAGCAGUCGAGUAUGGGUUGAAUAAAGAUGUGAUAAAGAAUAGGGUGUUGAAAUAUAAUUAUGGGAUAGUUGUUAAAAAACCUUGGACUUGUGAGUUUCCGGUUGCGAAGCGUGAAAAAUGUGGAAACGUAAGAUUAAUGCGUUGGAUGGCUACUAAAGGUCAACAAGUUAAAGUUGGUCAGAAAUUUUCUACAUGUUUUAUAAUGUCCCAUGAAUAUCAAACACAUGUAAUUGUGGAUUUGUAUAUAUCAGAUAAUAUUACAACAUAUAGUGAUGAGCCUGGUGUUUACAAGUUGGGAAAAUUUACAGUAGAAGUACCUGAUGUUCAUUUAGGAAAAAAUAGACGUACCGAAUAUGAACUUUGUUUUGAUCAAGAUGAAAUUACUGCAACUACUAAGACUCAUAAUGAACUGAUUUACCAAUGA